GAUCACGGUCGACAUAAACCGUAAUAAUGGAACAAAUACGUCAAACUCGAUGAACCGAAAGAAUCUAAAGAAACCACAACUUUGGUGGUGAUUUGAUGAUUGAUGAUUCGAUAAACGUCCGAAUAAAGCAUACUCCUUUUUGGUUUUUGUGCGGUACAUGCCUCGUUUUAGUUUCUUUCUUCUAACCAGAGCUAAGAAGCUAGCUGGUUAGUUCUGAAUCUUCACGUACGGUGUCACGUUUUCCCAUAGGUUUUUUAAUUUGUUCGUUGCUUGGCAUCUCAUCCAUCAUCCACUUCUUUAAUGAGGACCGUUUGAUAGAAGCCCACAACACACACACACACACACAAAGUGUUCGACGAAAUGCGCCAACGAUGGUCUCUCUCUACUCCUCCGGCCCCAUUUCCUCUUUUGCCUCUCGCAAUUCGAUGAUUGAUUCCGAUACCCUUUUGUCUCUUUCUUCUUUUGGUUCAACCUUUAAUCCCAAUUACAAUCCCAAGACUUGCAUACGAUUCUCCCGAAUAGGUUGUGGGUUUACUGUUCUAGGGUUUCUCGAAAUCAAGCCGAGGAAGAGAAGCUGUUGCUCUCGGGUUAAUAAACGUAAUCUGGGUUGGGAUAGCGAUGAAAGUAAGGAUCUUGAAUCGGAGGUUUUGGAGUUUAUGAAGAACUCUGAGAGACCUGGGAUGUUUCCGAGCAAGAAAGUUUUGAUUCGUUCUGGAAGAUUUGAUCUUGUUGAGAGAAUUGUAAACCAAGGUGGAUGGCUUUCAAUGGGUUGGGAUUUGGAUGAACAAGAACAAGUCAAAGAUAAUGUCAAGCCAUGGGAUUUACAUAUUGAGAAGCAGCUUCAUGAUUCUCAUUCCCUAGAGGUUGAUGGAACUUUAAGUCAUGGAGCUAUUGAUUCUUCGUCAAAUCUUUCAUCUUUAACAGAAGAAGUAGAUGCUGGUAACGAUAGUGGAAUUGAAGGCAUUUUGACCAGAUUAGAGAAACAAAGGAAUUUGAGCCUAGGGAUUAGCUUGAGGGAUCCGAAUGGGAAAAGCAAUGGUGUCAUUACUGAUAUCUCUCCAAAUGGUUCUGUUCCUUGGUCUUCCAAGAUUGUGACAGCUAGUGAAAGUAGGAGAAGUUCAGAUGAAUCUGCACAAAGUAGGUAUCAAGAAGCCAGUUCGGUUUCAGGAACUCGAGGCUUAAACAAUUCGCCUACAUCAGAAACAUGGAGGACGUGGAGUAUGAGGAGAGCUGGAUUUACUGAUGAAGAUUUUGAAGCUGCUGAAAUAUCUCCCAGUGGUUUGGAUGGUGUGAAGAAGGGUAAUAAGAAUAAGGAUACUGGUGAUAGCAUGAAUGGAAAAGACAGAACUCAUAUCAAAAGCCGUCUUCAACAUCUCCAGUCAGAACUUUCUUCAGUUCUCCACUCCCUUAGAUCUCCUCCUGAUGAUGUUGUGACAAGUAAGGAUAGUGAGAUAACUUCUGGGAACUUGGAGAACCUUUCUGAUGAUUGGGAGUUCAAAGAGAAUGAGAUCAUGCAUGCCCAAACUAAGUUGCGGUCUACACGAGCAAAAUUGGCAGUUCUUGAAGGGAAAAUGGCUAUGGCUAUAAUAGACGCACAGAGGAUUGUACGGGAGAAACAGAGAAGAAUAGAUCAUGCUCGUAGAGCUUUACGGUUGCUUCGAACCGCAUCCAUAGUAUGGCCUAAUUCAGCCUCAGAAGUUCUGUUAACGGGUUCAUUUGACGGUUGGUCUACCCAGAGGAAGAUGAAGAAAGCAGAGAACGGAGUCUUCUCUUUGUCUCUAAAGCUAUAUCCUGGAAAAUAUGAGAUAAAGUUUAUAGUUGAUGGGCAGUGGAAAGUUGACCCGCUUCGACCCAUUGUUACUUGUGGUGGAUAUGAAAACAAUCUGCUAAUCAUCUCUUGAGGUCAAAGGCAACAACAAUUUAGAACUAGUCCCACCACCAUCAAUGGAGCAUGAGCUGAAUCAGUAGGGUUUUAGUUUCUUUUGGGAUUUCACUUUCAUGUAGGGUAAGGUACCAAGGAAGCAAUAGAACUAAGUUUUUUUUCUAGAGAAAACAAGGUAGUAAGAAAGAUUUGUAUAUUGUACCAAUACGACCACUUUGUUCCUCUCACAAGAGUCACAAGACUCUUGCAUUGUACAAUUUUACAAGAGUCACAAGACUCUUGUAAACAAUUGGCUCCUUGCAUUGUACAAUUUUACACACAUAAGAUGUCAUACAUCCAUUUCUAUGAUGAGAUUGGUGAAGAAUAAAGCUCUUGUUUU